GUCUGUAUUGAUUCGUAUAUAAUUACUCGAGUCUACAAGUACUUUGCAUGUGUGCGUAUAAAAAAACGAGAAAGAUCGUCCUUCUCGCCCGGACUUUGCUCCUAAGAGCUGCACCGUCUUGUCCCCGCCCCCGCCGGCGCAAAGCCAUUUUUUGCGAGAAUGCCGUCCCAUUGUGCAGCGCAAUUGACUUCCUGGUGGUCCUGCCUGCCAAGUGUGAUCCAUGUAUCCUCCCCCUCCAGGCUUCUCCUCCUCCUCCUUCCUCCUCAUCUUCCGAUCCAAUCCACCAGAGCCAGGAGCACCUGCUGGCCCCCAAACACUGCGCAAUAUCCUAGCCCCUCCCUCCUCUUCAGCCCCAAGAGAGGAGCCACGAUGAGGAGGAGCGACAGACGAAAGAGGGGCCAAACAACAACAGACUUUCCGAUCCGACGCACACCAUCGUGCAGGGCAUCUUUUCCUCAUGUACGAUUCGAUGCAAUGUACGUACUUACAUAUGUACGUAAGUUUAUCUCGCAAGAAAAGCCGCGCCCCCGGGUCCUGUUGGCACGCGAGAGCGAGGAAAAGCUACCUACUCGUACCUGCAAAACUAGAGAGGAAAGAGGAGACGUUGGGACUAGUGCCUGUCUGCGUCGACAUCGUGCGUUUUACACCAGCUCCAUGAGUCCAUUAUGCGUGUUUUGUUUCUUUGUGCUCGCUUCUUCUAGCGCAUCUCCCCACCGUUGCUUCGUCGCACUGGCUGAAACAACAUCGCCGCUCGCCUCCAGCUAAGUUGCACGGCCGCCGCGCCGGAUGUGACGCCUGUCAUCCCAAAUCAAGUGUUGGGUUGAUUGUUGAUUGUAGGCAUUCGACUUUUUUGGUUUUUCUACUCCUGGGAUUGAUUCCACUCAACACACUCCUCCAGCUUGACCCCGUUGCCUCCGAAACAGUCCAGCGCGCUACCAAUCGUCAGGUCCACCUUGCCUUU